UAAAAAGAAACGUAUCGGUGUUUAUAAUUGUUUUUAAUAAUAAUAAGCAAAUAUCUAAACGAUAUUAGACGCGCUCAAUUACAGGCUGCAGCGAGUGCAGCACAACGCGUUUGGUGAUUAUAACAGCAAACGGCAAGCAGCGCACAGCAAGCAAAACAGCUGACGGCGACAGCGGCGCCCGCUUAUUGUGCCUGUGUGUUCGUUUGUGUGUGUGAGUGUGUGUGUGCGCGCCUUUGCCUGUGUGUGUGUGUGUGUGUGUGUUAUUUUUGUGUUUAUUUUUGGAAUUAAAUAAGCUGAGCAAAACUAAAGCUAAAAUCGAAUAAUCAAAAAAAAAAAGAAAAGCAAGAAAAGGAAAGAGAGAGAGAGAGAGAGAGGAGAGUGGGAGAGAGAGAGAGAGAGAGAAGAAAAGUGUGCCGCAGCGGGCAAUAAUAGACGCGCGUGGUGCCUUGGAUUUAGUGUACGGCUCCACGGUGGAGAACUUUUACCUGAGAAUGGAUCCGACGCGCGGCGAUUCGCGCUAUAACCUAAACUACUCGAUGAGUAGCAUUGGGUUAAGUCUCGCCGAUCAGGCCGACAUGUAUGGCAAUCCUGCCGUUGCGGCACUGGGCGCCCGCCCGCCCAGCGGCGGUCUGCUACAGAGCAUGGGCGGCGGCGGCGGCGGAGGCGGAGUCACCAUGCAACGUCCCGUUCCAUCAGUAGCGGCGCAACAACAGCAGCAACAGCAGCAGCAGCAACAGUGCCAAACACUUAGUCCACAACACCAGCAACAGCAACAACAGCAGCAGCAGCAACAACAGCAGCAACAGCAGCAGCAGCAACAACAACAGCAACAGCAGCAGCAACAAUCACGCGGCUUAAAACGCAGCGGCAGCGAUUGCUACGAGGAUCAUCGUCCCAGCGGUGGCGGGGGUGGUAUGACGCUGCAGGGCUUGGAGAGCUGUGCCGCCGUUGGCAGCGUUGUCGCCGGCAGCGUGGCCGGCGUCGAUGUUGAUGGUGUCGAUGGCUAUAAUGCGUUGCCCAAUAAGAAAUCACCGCCCGCCAAUGGCAAAAAGACAAAGGGACGCGUCAAAAUCAAAAUGGAGUACAUCGACAACAAGCUGCGACGAUAUACAACGUUCUCCAAGCGCAAAACGGGCAUCAUGAAGAAGGCCUACGAGCUGUCGACGCUGACUGGUACUCAGGUGAUGCUGCUGGUUGCCAGCGAGACGGGACACGUUUACACAUUUGCGACGCGCAAGCUGCAGCCGAUGAUAACGUCGGAGGCGGGCAAACAACUGAUACAGACAUGCCUCAAUUCACCGGAUCCGCCAAGUGUUGGCGGUGGCGAUCAGCGCAUGUCUGCCACCGGAUUCGAGGAGACGGAGCUCAGCUAUAACAUCGCCGACGAGGACUCCAAAGAUGAACGUUCACCAACAUCGUCUGGCAAUGAAUCGGAUGAUUCGUCCGAUGUUGAAAUGCCAAUGCCAACGGAUGCCGUCGAUGAUGCCAAGCCAACGCCUCAGGAUCUGAAAGCUGAGGCAGCUGCAGCAGCAGCAGCAGCAGUAACAGCUACUACUUCAGUAUCUGCCACUUGCCCCAAGGCAACAGCAUUGAGUUAUCAGACUGAAUCGGGACCCUCGACAUCCAUGGCAUCAUCCGCAGUGGCAGCAACAGCAGUGGCAGCAACAGCACCGGAUAGCAAAUAUGUUUAUCCGGCUACCUCGUUCGCCAAUAUACCGCCGGAUAUGCUGCGUCAGCUUAUACAAUCAGGACAGUUGCAGCUCCAUGCCGAGGAAGAUGGCAAUCAGUAUGUGACCAUACCACUGAGCUCCACUGUAGCCAGCUACAUUAAGGGCAAAUCAACGGCUGCUGCAACUGUCACCAGCUCCAACCAGAAGUCUGAGAAGAGUGCCGAGAAAAUCUUAUCAAUUAAACAGGAAUACGAUUAACCGUUCUUCAAUGCAUUGCAGUGGCAUAAAUGGAGAUUGCUUUUAUGACAACAUUUGAAUAAAUACUGUAUACUGUAUUCUGUAAAUCCAUAUCCAAUCAUGCAACUCAAGACACAAUCACAACCAGAUACACACAACAUAUACACACAAGUCUAUCCAUAGUUUUUAUCAUAAUAUUGAUGCAUUGCUGUUCACCCACACACAUCUACGCCCAAGUCACACAUAUAUAUAUAUAUAUCUAU